AUGUCCCCAUAUAAACUUGAAAAUGGACUGGAAGGAUUGGACCAGGAUUGGAUCAGGAUUGGAUCAGGAUUGGAUCAGGAUUGUAUCAGGAUUGGAUCAGGAUUGGAUCAGGAUUGGAUCAGGAUUGGAUCAGGAUUGGAUCAGGAUUGGAUCAGGAUUGGAUCAGGAUUGGAUCAGGAUUGGAUCAGGACUGGAUUCAAGAGAAUGUUUAAAGUGAAUUUUAUGAUGGUUCUCGUCGGAGCAAAUGCACCGAUACUCAGUAGUCUCCAUCUCACAAACCCAUCCAUCCCAGGUGUGGUGAUAGAGGGGGAUGGAGCAGAGCUAACUUGCAGCUACAGACCCUCUCCGGGUCAGUAUAUAGACAGCAUCAAGUGGUAUCUAAACUCUAGUGAGAUAUAUAGGAUUGUUCCAGGACUUACAACUGACAGGGUGUUGACGUUUCCUGUCUCUGGGUUAAAAAUAGAUCUUCCUCGCUCCGGGCUUGUCAAACCUGGAACGCAUCGUCUUACUCUGGGUAGUGUGGAUAGACGGGCUGCAGGACGAUAUGUGUGCCAGGUAACUGAGAGCAGUCCUCCAUUUAGGACUCAGGAAAUGGGAGCUAAAUUGGAUAUUGUAGUACUACCUGAGUCAACUCCUUUCCUCUCUGGUCUGGAACCUGAGUAUCAAGAUAGAUCUCAACUCUCCGCAUCCUGUUCCACAUCCCCCGCCUUUCCUCAACCACAAAUCCUGUGGUAUUUAAACGGGCAACAGAUGGAUGGAUCUGACAGAACUGAUUGUGUUUAUGAUUUGGAUUCGACUCUUUGGAGCUGUAUAUCUAACUUUAUGAUGGACCUAACUCUAGCUAGACAAACCAUACCUUCUCCGUCUUCUCUACCAGUUUUUCAAAAUGCUAGUUCUAACCAGCUAAAGAACUCUACAGAUAUCCUACCUACUGAACCUACUGAAAUGAGAAGCUUAACCUCUCCUCCAUCUUCUCCUACUAAACUAUCCCUAAGAUGUAGUAUGGUUAUUCUCCCUAACUCCUCCAUGAUAUACAGUUCUCUAGGUUACUUUAGGAUCUCUAAAUCUCCCGAUCCUAUUCUAGGUGAACCCUUGACGUCGUCUUCUUCUCAUGCGUUCUUCUCAGUUUAUCUUCUAAUCUGCUUCAGACAGUAAUCUUACAAUCUUCUACAUCAAUGUUUUGUGUUCUCUGCAUCGAACUGCGUAGAACAUGCUCUCUCUCUCUGGAGCAUACGCGUAAUUCCUUUUGGCUUCUGCCUCAGAGUUAUUGUGAACAACAAAACCCGUAAAUCUUGAAAAGACGACGUCUAGUGUUCUAUCUGUUAUUAUUAAUUAAUCUAUGGUUCUCUGUAUCUGGUUUUCUGUAUUUGUAUAUUUGUAUUCUGUCUAAACCUUGUGAGAUAUGUAUGCAGUUGUGGAUAACCCUAGAUCCAUACAGGGUAAAACUUGGGAAAUAUUUUAGGCUGGCCUCAACAUUAGACUUUAUAUAAGAUUUCUUCCUAGCACAGGGACGAACAUUUCAAACUGGAAUUUAUUAACUUUUAAGUAAUUUUUAAGAUGCUUUAAUUCACUAUUUUAGUUCUAGAAUUAUUUUUCUUGUUUUCUACUCCUAGCACUCUUGUAUGCCGAAUCCAUUAGCGCCUGAUCCAAUCAGG